AUGGAGACGUCGACACAGGAUCCGCAAGGCAUCUUUCGCCUCCCGAAUGAAAUUCUCCUCACAAUCUUGAGUACUUUCCCAACAAAAGAGCUCCUUGGAUUCGCUCCAGUAUGCCAUCAGUUCCACUCACUCAUCCUCCGUCUCAUCCACCACCGACUUCAAAUCGCAACGACCAUCGAUGAACACACCCUCUACCUCGAAUGUGGGCCACCGGCGGCGAAGUUGACCACGUCAAAAGUGUUCUGUAAGACGUUGGGGACAGAUUGCUUCGAAGAAUUGAGCAACGACAUCCAAAAGACGGGAGGAAGCGUCGGACAAAUCGGCCGGAUGGGACAACUCUUCACACGAUUUCGUCCAGUGAACAAGGAGCCAGACUUCAGAUCCGUGCCUAGACCUCAUCCUGCUGGUGAUAUCCCAGGUUCAAAUACGUACAUGACACCCGAAGCCCUGGCAGCAGCCUGGAAAGGCGACGGGAACGAUACUGUGAGCCGUACCGUGUCCGUAGAUGCGUCCUUCCUCUUCUCGCAACUGGAGACAUUGGCAUAUCUUGGUAAACUAGGACCACGAGGACUGCUUGUAAAAUAUGUCGAAGUAUGCGAUGGCACAAUCCGUGUCUGGCGUGACUGGCUGGCUCGGCAAUGUGAAUUGAAACGUUGGACGGACGGCGAACCCAUUGUGAUACAUCAGGAGCCCGAAAGUCCGAUCAGUAAAGGCAAAGCAAGAGCCGAUAGUGUGACAAGUUCGAUAGAGCCUAGGAAGGAUCCAAAUAUCCUCUGGGUCAACACGAGAGGUGAAGACGUGGGGAUCAAGUUCAGGGUGAAAGAGCAGAAAUGGCGACGUGAGAAUCCAGUCUUGUUCGCCAGCGAGAUCGAAGUUCCUGUGAGCUACAAAGUCGAUCUGGAAGAGAUCGUUAUUCGAACGACUCAUCUACUCCUGAAGCUUGAAGAGUCUGCGAGCCAGAUUCUCAACGACACCGGCAAGGCGAUGAUCUUUGGGUCUUACCUUGGAUAA